AUGGUUGAACAAGUGGCAAGUACGACCGGUAGUUCAGAUGACGAGAAAACAAGAGCGUUGGCCGCAUAUCGCCGUAAGCUCGUCGAGUAUCGUGAAGUGGAACAACGUUUAAAAGAACUUCGAAAGAAGGAACAAGAAAUGCAAAAGGAGCAUGAUAAAUCCGAGAAUGAUAUAAAAUCACUUCAAUCAGUUGGUCAGAUUGUUGGUGAGGUGUUGAAACAACUCAGUGAAGAGAAGUUCAUCGUUAAGGCAACCAAUGGCCCACGUUAUGUGGUCGGAUGUCGUCGCUCAAUUGAUAAAGAACAAUUGAAACAAGGCACUCGUGUUGCGCUUGAUAUGACCACGCUAACAAUCAUGCGACAGCUACCGCGUGAGGUUGAUCCUUUGGUCUACAAGAUGAGUCACGAGGAUCCGGGAAAUAUAUCGUAUUCAGAAGUUGGUGGUCUUAGCGAGCAAAUUAGAGAACUGAGAGAGGUAGUAGAGUUACCGUUGAUCAAUCCCGAUCUAUUCCGUCGUGUUGGUAUAACACCGCCAAAAGGUUGUCUAUUGUAUGGACCACCUGGAACGGGUAAAACUCUCCUUGCGAGAGCGGUGGCUUCACAACUGGAUUGUAACUUUUUGAAAGUGGUCUCAUCGGCAAUCGUUGAUAAAUAUAUCGGUGAAUCGGCGAGAAUGAUCCGUGAGAUGUUCAAUUAUGCUCGUGACCAUCAACCAUGCAUUGUGUUCAUGGAUGAAAUCGAUGCUAUUGGUAGGUGCUGUUAUUGCGUUUGA